UAUAAAUAUUAAGUACCUUCACCUUACAGCAGGCCAGCUCGAUCGAAUCGCCACUCGCCAGUUGCAUAUACCAUACAUGGAGCUCUGCAAACUGCUCCUGCUACUCACUAUCCUUGCUUUCUCCCUGUUUCUCUCUUCUCUUGCUACUCCACAUGCAUCAGCAAGUGUUGAACAAAUUGGUAACCCUAAAGCGGUCCUCAACUUCGUAGACAAGGCGAGCAGGGUGGAUGUGAGUUCGCAGAGGGGGCUGAAGUUGGAAGAAGACGAUGAGUCGGUGUGGCUGCUAAGUACAAGACGAAUGGGUGCGGAGGAAGAGGAUUAUUCCGGCACCGGCGCCAACACCCGCCAUGAUCCAAACCCUCCCGGAAACAAUGAUUAAGAUCAGAGUUGAUCCAUCUGUCAUCCGUUGUAAGAUAAAGAUAGAUUUAGAUCAGAGCUGGAUCCUGUCUCUUACGGGUUACCCCUCAGAUUAUAUCCGUUUCACCUGUUUAAUUGGAAAAAUUAUCCUUUUUUUUUUAAUGAUUUGUGCUAUUAAAAAUCAUACUAUAUACUCUGUAGUCUGUAAUAUACUCAUACAAAGUGAUUGCAUAGUUGUGUAUCCCCCCGUGUAUACUAUCUAUAUCUUCUUAUUCUUUCAGAAA